AUGGCUAUUGCAUUUAGAAAACUAAAGAUGCCAGAAAGCAAGCUCCGUGAAGCUCCGAUGUCGAAGAGCGAGCUCUCCCCACAUGUACAUGCCCAUGUUAAGCUGCAAGGUCGAUCUUGCGCAUACAAGAAGUUUGGGCUCAAGCGUGUUGAGACAACCCCAUGUGGCACAACGACAUCUAACCACAAAUGUGCAACUCUGGACACCCGUCCCGGUAGGGCUGCGUCACCUAUGAAUCAUCCAGGUGUUCUACACUGGGCUCGUCGGGUGCCUGGUGAGAACCCGAUCUGGUGUGACUGGGAUGUUCUGGAGAAUGGGGCACAAUGCCUCUCGUAUGUAUACACAGGGGUAGGCAAAUUGUUGGACUUGCAGCCGACUUGA